CUACAGGUGGUUAUAUCUUUCUUGUUCCCUUUGAUCUCUUAACUGCUUAGAUUAAACACUUUUUAUUUAAAAUGAUAAACCUUUUGUCCUUGCAGAUGAUCGUUCUCAAUUUGUCGAUACACCUGCAAAAUUACCAAGAAGGCAAUUGAGAGAGAAUAUACGUGAAAGCCAUGCAGCUGACUUACUAAAGCAAGACGAUGAAGUAAAUGUAAAGCUUGAAAAUGCAGCCAUUGAACAUUCCAAAUCAGUUGACUCUGCAGUUCUGGGAAAGUAUAAUUUAUGGAGGAAAGAAAAUGAGAACGAGAACUCUGAUUCAACUGUACGCUUGAUGCAAGAUCAAAUCAUUAUGGCAAGGGUAUACAUAAGCAUUGCAAAUAUGAAAAAUAAGUAUGACUUGGCCCAAGAACUACAGAAUCGGCUCAAAGAAAGUCAGCGUGCCUUAGGGGAGGUAACUACAGAUGCUGAUCUACCUCACAGUGCACCCGAGAAAAUCAAAACUAUGGGCCAACUGCUCUCAAAAAUUAGAGGGCAACUGUUUGAUUGCAAAGUAGUCACUGGAAAGCUGAGAGCAAUGCUUCAGUCAGCAGAUGAACAAGUUAGGAGCUCAAAGAAGCAGAGUACAUUCCUGAGCCAGUUAGCGGCCAAGACUAUUCCAAAUGGAGUGCACUGCUUAUCCAUGCGCUUAACCAUUGAUUACUAUCUCCUCCCACCAGAUAAAAAAAAGUUCCCCAAGAGUGAGAAUCUGGAAAAUCCAAAGCUAUACCAUUAUGCACUUUUCUCUGACAAUGUCUUGGCUGCAUCAGUUGUUGUCAAUUCAACCAUUACGAAUGCGAAGGUAGAGAGCUUUGUACCAACGUCUCUAGUUGGUUUCAUUGUUUGAUUUUAAA